CGGCAUAUAGUAGCUACCCCAGCCAACCUGAUACUUCCCUCGAGAAACCUCACCACUUCCAAAAGGCGACGAUAAUGGAUUCGGAAAAGCUCAUCCCCACCGCCGCCUCGUCUUCACGAUCGCGACGCCCAUCAGUUACUACUUGGCGGAUCAUUCUUCCGGUUCUCUUCUUCGGCGUCUUCCUUUACACAGUGGUAUCUCUCAGGUCCACGCCUGCAACCUCGGCAGCGACUCCCAUAGAUGUAGCUCCUCCGGCAUACGCGAUCCUCCGCGAAGCCUGCCAUCUGCGGUUCUGGAAACUUAGGGCUCUCCCAUAUUGUGAGCGGGCUACAGCCACUUCCUGGACCGAGGGGGAGGAGCAGGAGGCCGAGAGGGCGCCGUUGGAGGUGUUUCAGGUGCACACGCCGCCGCGGGCGACGGCAAAGCUGCUGGUCGGUACGCCUGAAGAACGGGCGGCGGUAGCAGCGAAAGGUAGUGGGGAGAAGAAGGAGGAUUGCCGAAGCGUGUUGAUGCAACAUACCUUUGGAUGGAGCUAUGGGAAGCCGUUUAUUGGAGAAUAUACGCCACCGAGAGACUGUGAAUGGAAGAAUGUCAUCUUCAAAUUAACCAUGACGUCGAAGGGUCGCCAGUUUGAUCGGCUGGGACACUUGUAUCUGGGAGAUAUCGAAGUGUGGCGGACAUCGACUGCAGAACCAACGUGGUUCGGAAUUGUGUCUAGCUAUUCCAAGGACAUGACACAUCUGACAGCGCUCCUGCGGCAGCCUCAGAAGAUUAUCUUCGACCUGGGCAAUCUCGUCAACGACGUCUAUACUGGCUCGUUUAACGUGACUCUGACAGCCACCUACUAUUCGCCGGCCCCAUUAUCGCCUCUUCAGCCAGCAGAUGUAAUUCUCCCAAUUUCCGCUCGGCGUAGUGGCCAGGAUCAGCCUUCCCACUUUUUUCUCCCGCAAGAAAAAGCCAUUUCCACACCUGUUAUCCCAGCCAACGCAAUCCGUGUUGUAGCUUCCAUCUCUGCCUCCGGCAACGCGGACGAGGAGUUCUGGUACACAAACGUGCCCAAUGAAUACACGCACACAUUCCCAGAUAAUGGACUUUCUGGUCAUGGUCCCUUCCGAGAGCUACAGCUCCUGAUCGAUGGCUCCCUCGCCGGCUUCGUCUGGCCAGCCAUCACCGUCUUCACUGGCGGCAUCGUUCCCUCACUCUGGCGGCCAAUCGUAGCACCAGGCUCCUUCGACCUCCCAGAGUACGAAAUCGAUAUUUCGCCCUUCCUCCCAGUACUGCUGGAUGGCCAGAACCAUACGAUCGAACUUGCAAUGUUCACCCACUCCUCCACCGCCGCUGGCAAAAUCUCCCGUUCUCUCGGCAACGACUGGCUCGUCUCCGCCCGCCUACACAUCUGGACCGAUCCUGUCCCCUCCUGGAAAACCACCGGAACACUGCACCAGCAUUACACCUCAGACUUGGCGAUUUACAUGAACCCACAGCUGGUUCAAGACCCCAACAACGGCAGCAAUUCCACCCUGCUUCUCACCCAUCGCGCGGCCAGAAACGUUAUCGCGGUCUCUACGCUUACCACCUCAGCUGGAAACACCACAUCCACCUGGAUCCAAGGCGCACACUACGACUCGCUCAUGCGCCUAACUGCCGGAGGUAAUAUACAAUUCGUUUCCACCUCCACCAGUGGAUCCGAGACCACGGCACACCACGGCGCGAGGAGUUACCGCCAUCACCCGUUCAUAUUGGAGACCACUUUUAUUCCCAGUAAGGAUUACUUUGCCCUGGAGGCGACGAUCCGCCUCGGAGAGAGUACCGCUGGGGACGGUAAGUGGACUGACGGUGUGGCCAUUGGGAGUGGUGGAAAGAUGGGGACUGUUGUCGAGGGGAAUGCGAAGUGGAGGAGUAAUGGUGGUGCAGAGGGCACUACUGAGCAGGUGUUUGCUGAGCUCAGGGGUUUGAGGGAUACGGAGGCCGUUGCGAGCUAUGGACGGAGGGUUGUUGCAACUGGUGGUGAGGUGGUGGAAGAUUGGGAGAAGAUCAAUGGGGUGCCGGUGGCGGGGAUGUCGGUGCAAUGGAAGAGGAUGACCGGGGACAGUGGAAUGGAGUUUUAGAAGGGGAUUGGACGUGUGUUUGAUGGUCAAGUUCAUGAUCCAUAAAUGUAGGUAGAUCCAAACCCAGAGCCGGGCAAGUACAGUGGUAUAAUCAAUUCAUUGUAAAUUAUCAUACAUGCUAG